CGAUAAUUCAUCUCAAAAAUGCGGAUACUGCAUCAUCAGAAGUGUCCAGUAGAAACAUUGACAAAAGUAUUCAAGCUAUUGUUGCUAUGAACGUUUUCAAUGUUUUGAUUUUGGUAAUAAAUGUUAGUUACUCCAUUUAUUUGAACAUAUUCAACAACAAUAAUUCGAGUUCGUUUUGGGACUUUGUUGAGUUUACUAACUAUCGUGGACUGCCACUUUUACAGUCCUCAUUUAAUGCUGUCUCAUUUCUUCUGAUCAGCAGCUCAUUCAAGGGUUUUGUCAGAACGUCAUUACAAUCGAGAAGAGUAAAUCCAGUCAUGAUGCAGUCUGAAGUGGAAUCAAUUUAGAAUUGUCACAUUGCAGCUGCUUUGCGGUGAAUUAGUGUUAGAGACAUUAUUAGAUAAUAUUGGCUGACAGUAAAAAGAAAAAAGAAAAAAAAAGAAGAAAAAAGUAAAACUUAAUAUAUUAAUCAUUAUCGAUACAAAAGAAUUCAAAGAUUAAACCGUCGUCAAAAUGUCGUUGGAUUUAAAUAAGUGUAAGUAUGUCGAGUUAAAGUUUUUUUAACUGGACCCUAAUACCAUUUAAAUAUUAUGUAUCCUAUAAUUGUACUAUGUACAAUGUACAUUGUACUAUGUACGGCUUUUAAGAAAUUUCCAAUUCCCUCCCCCGAUAACAUAUCUCCCAACUUCAGAACACAGGAACUACGUUACUGUACGACAGUGGCAGAAGCAGUGAAGUCAAGGAGAAUAGUCUCUACGCUAACAUGCCUCCUCUCACCUCGCCCACUAAAACACCCACAAAACCCACUGCUAGUUACCUGCCGGUCGUGAACAGUGCCCCAGAACCAGUCGACCUGUCCCGGAAUGUCAAACCUGUUGUUCCGGAACCCUUCCAACGACAAGAAAACGACGAGUCAGAGCCAAAACGAAAGAAGUACGCAAAAGAAAGUUGGCCCGGUCGCAAACAACAAGCUGCCAGCAUUGCUCCACUAUUAUUCUGAUAUAACAUUUGUGUCACUGACAGACAUCUUAUUAUUGACAUGAUUUAUUUAUAUAACCAGCUUUAAAUGCUUUAUUACUGCUUGAAUUACACGGACAUUUUACAAUAUAUGUUUGUUCCCGUAUCUUCUUAACUUAUUAGUUAUUUGACUCCUAUUUUGUAAGAGUUGAGCCACUUAAGCGUAUUUAAAGGUUUAAAGGGAACCCUUCUUCAGUUUGCAUAUCAGAGCUUUGGUUAAUUUAGGGGUUGGGUUAUAUUAUUAUCUAGGUUACUGUAUAAUGUGUAUUAGUUAAGUAUAGCAGCCAUUUUAAAGAACUCAA